AUGGUAUCUCAUUCAAUUUAUCAAUACAUUUAUCUGUUCAUGCAAAUAUUGAACCUGAAAGAUGUAGGAAUUGAAAGACGAUUUAUCUAUGGUGAAUACUUUUCUGACAGAUCACGAAAACCUUUCAAUCAGUGUUAA